GGUCCAGGUCCCUCGAAAUUUUUUGAAAUUUUUUUUUCGAAGCUACCAACCUCUAGUCGCCUUCUCGCGCAGGAUAUAAUACAGCUCCUCGCACUUUUCAACUCAUUCUUUUUUCCAACAAUCCUUUCUCUUCCAUUCCAAUUACACACCUCCAACAAGACUACCAUAAUCAAAUAACUCAAUUCUCGUACUUUGCUUCAACAAUGGGCAAGGUCAAGCAAGCAAACGGCAAAGCCGCCAAGGCUGCCAAACCCCUCAGCGCUGUCAAGAACGCCGGCGUUACCAAGGCCACCGAAAGCCCCAAGGCAAAGUCCAAGCAGAUUGCUAAGGAUGUCGCUACUAAGGCUGCGAAGUCUGUGAAGGGCAAGGACCUCAAGAAGAAGAAGGUCGAGUCUGAAUCCGAAUCUGAGUCCGAGUCUGAGUCUGAGGACUCCGAGUCUGGCUCUGACUCCAACGACUCUGAAUCCGAAGCUGAGGACUCCGAGUCUGGCUCUGACUCUGACGACUCUGCUUCCGAGUCUGAGGAGGAGAAGCCUGCCGCCAAGGCAAAGACCAAUGGCAAGACCAACGGUAAGGCUAAGGCCAAGGCCGCCAAGUCCGAGUCCGAGUCUGAGUCUGAGGACUCGUCCGAUUCCGACAGCGAGGAAGCUGCCGACGCUAAGCCUGCUGCUAAGCCUGCUGCUGACGACAAGGCCAAGGCCAAGAAAGAGUCAUCGGCUAAAGAUUCCUCCGACUCCGACUCUUCCGAUGCCAAGGAGGAUUCCGAUGACUCGGAUGAUUCUAGCGACGCUGAGUCUGAGGCUGAGGAAAAGAAGCCCGAGCAGCCCAAGAAGCGCAAGGCCGAAGACGAAGAGGAGGCACCCGUCAAGAAGACCAAGACAAACGAGAACUCCGAGGAGCAGAGCUCUACUCUCUUCGUCGGAAACCUCGGCUGGAGUGUGGACGAUGAGAGGCUAUACGAUGCAUUCAAGGACUGCGCCGAUCUUACCAACGCCCGCGUUGUUACCGACAAGGCUAUGCAACGUUCUCGUGGCUUCGGCUACGUCGACUUCGCAACCCCCGAAGCUGCCCAGGCUGCCUUCGAAAAGAUGAACGGUGUUGAGCUCGACAACCGUCCCAUGAGACUAGACCCCUCUAAGCCCCGUCCCGCUGAGGACGCAAACACCAACUCUCGUGCUGCCGACCGCGCCAAGCAACACGGCGACGUUGUCAGCCCGGAGAGCGACACCUUAUUCGUUGGCAACCUCCCGUUCGAUGCUGAUGAGGAGAUGGUUACUGCUUUCUUCGGCGAGGUCGCCGAAGUCAAGAGUGUUCGACUUCCUACUGACCCUGACUCGGGCAACCGCAAGGGCUUCGGCUACGUGACCUUCAACUCGGUCGAGGAUGCCAAGAGCGUAUUCAACACCCAGAAUGGUUCUUACAUUGGUGAGGGCCGUGGUGCCCGUCCCAUCCGUCUUGACUUUGCUGGUCAGCGCCCGCCCCGUGAAGGUGGCUCGGGCGGCCGUGGUGGCGGCGGCUUUGGUGGUCGCGGCGGUGGUGGCCGAGGAGGUGGCCGUGGUGGUGGCCGUGGUGGUUUUGGCGGCCGUGGUGGCGGUGGCUUCGGUGGUCGCGGUGGCGGACGCGGAGGCUUUGGUGGCUCCCGAGGUGGUGCUUCGUUCCAGGGCAAGAAGACCACUUUUUAAAGUGAUGCAGC